AUGUGGAACAUGUCAAAGGUUCAAGAACUGUUUAUUGGAUGGAAUAACUUUACAGGAGAUAUACCAAUUGAAAUAAACCUACCAUCUAUUCGAAAAUUGAGUCUUCGAAGAAACGAGUUAGUUGGAACACUACCACCAUCUCUUGGGAACUUAUCGACGUUGGUAAUGAUAGACAUUGGUGAAAAUAAAAUUCAUGGUAAUAUUCCUCCGCAACUAGGACAUCUCUCUAGUCUUGAAGGACUAUAUCUUGGAUCGAACACACUAUCAGGUGAAGUUCCUGUUAGAAUUUUCAACAUUUCUUCACUAAAAGUAAUAGCACUUGCCGCGAAUACUCUGUCCGGUAAACUUCCAUCAAACUUAGGCUAUAGUCUUCCAAAUCUUGAAGGACUUUAUCUUGGGAUUAAUAACUUUAGUGGUAAACUUCCUAGCUCUAUCUCAAAUGCCACUAAGCUCAAAUUUCUUGAUCUUGGAAGGAAUAUGUUUAGCGGAAACGUACCAAUUGAUCUAGGACUAAAUCUCCAGCAGACUCAAAGCAUCAACUUUCAGAGGAAUAUGCUAACAAAUGAUCCUUCUUCCACGGGUGAAAUAAGUUUUCUAAAUUCCUUCUCACAUUGCAAGGGGGAAAUCCCAGUUGAAAUUGGUAACUGGACUAACUUGUCGUGGUUAACACUAGGCGCGAAUGAGUUUAUUGGUUCGAUUCCUCAAGAAUUAGGAAACUUGAAAAAGUUGCAAACUUUGAGAUUGUAUGAGAACAAAUUAGAUGGGAUCAUACCUGAAAGGUUAUGCGAAAUGAAAGAAUUAUACUAUUUUGACUUGCGAAGAAAUCAGAUUACAGGGCAAUUAAAUGGUCCUUUGGCGUUGGAGGUUGGAAACAUGGGGGGUUUAAGUGAGUUAUAUCUAUCAAGAAAUGAGUUGUUUGGUCCAAUUCCAAGCACCAUAUUACAGCUUCAGAAAUUGGUAUUUCUUGCAUUAGAUAUGAAUAGGUUAGACGGUACUAUACCUAAGUCAUUCGAAAAAAUGGUCAGCUUGGAGUACUUGGAUCUGUCACAAAACAAUUUGACAGACCGAAUUCCAGAGUCGUUAACAAAGCUUGAGCAUCUCAACUAUCUGAAUGUCUCUUACAAUGAGUUAUCAGGUGAAAUACCAGAUGGAGGGCCUUUUGGUAAUUUCACAGCUGAAUCGUUCAUCGGCAACGCAGAGUUAUGUGGACCGCCUAGAUUCCAAGUCAAGCGGGGAAGCGUUUUGAGGACGUUCGGAAAGGGAAAGCUCCGGAGAAGUGAUUUUGGAGCUCGUGUGAUUGGCCCACAG